AUGACUCUAAUACGUCUGAUCUUUGGCCGCAAAAUGAAUUCUAUAGCCGCAGCAGUUCAGCUGGAACUCGCGAAAAACCUCGAAAGUUAUUUUGCCCGCACCGAGUUUGACUUCGUCGACAAAACGCAAGUGAAGCUUCUUCGAGACCAAAUCAGUCCCGUCUACUUAAGAACCGCUCCCUUGGUGGCAAUCGAUGUCGAAGCAUAUGAGCGCGCACAGCUGAAAGUAACGGAAAUCGGAGUGGCGGUCUAUGAUCCACAGGGCCAGUGGCUCCUGCCGACACCACAGAUCAAGACUCUCCACAUCCUAUCGAAGGAAAACAUCAGGUUACACAACGGGACGUACGUUCCAGAUCGGAAAUACUACUUCAAUGGUGGCACAUCGUACUCCAUGACGGCCCGGGAGCUGCAGACGCUCUUGGAUCUGAUUUUCAGUCAUUACUUGAAGGAAAGAAGCGGUAUUCUCGUGGGCCAUGAUGUCAAGGGAGACAUCAAGUGGUUGAGCAAAUUGGGUAUCCAGGUUGCCCCAAACACGCCCACGGUGGACACUCUCAAGAUUUACCAAUUGACCACCCGACAGAAUGGGUCGCUUCGGAAAAUCUUGCGCCGUAUGAACAUUCCCCAUGCCAAUCUCCACAACGCAGCCAACGAUGCAUACUACACACUUCUCGCAGCGUUGAGCAUCUGCGACCCAGAACAGAGAAGACGCUCUGAACUUGACUCUGUUGAUACGGAAGAGCUUCCGACGUUGACAAAGCGUGAGAAAUUUAAGGCCAAGUUCUCGGAUGAAGUCACGGUGUGUGGCAUGAAAGAGGCGCCGUCUGCGUCAGAUUUCAUUGCCAUGUGA